AAGUAAAGAGUUUGUCACGGACUACUACUGUGGAUAGAGUAGCAGCGGAACUUGUUUUGCACCACCAGCUUCCCUGAGGCAAAACCACGGGUUAGGAUCGAGAUGAUAUGCUUCGGAACAAGAGGAGUGAGACGGUACAACAGAUCUCAAACACCUCGUAUUCGUUGGACAGAGGAGCUUCAUCGCCUCUUCGUCGAAGCUGUCGACAAGCUCGGUGGACGAAACAAAGCGACUCCAAAGCAAAUCUUACAGCUGAUGGGUGUCGAUGGACUCAGCAUAUCUCAUGUUAAAAGCCACCUGCAGAUGUACAGAACUGCCAGCAGCCAUGCCAACCUCCACGGCUUAGUGUCCGAUGUAACCAUGGGGAAGCGAAGGAGAGGAAAGCGCCACGGUCUCACCUGCUCGAACCAUUGUGAAGACACGCACCACAUCUCUGGAUUCGAUCCCGAGUACAUGUUCCGAAUGCCAACGUUCGAAGAGAUGCUAAGCCAGUGGGUCUCCGAGAGCAGAAACAGCCACCAUAGUGGUGGAUUGGUAGGAGGAGACGUAUCGAGCCAAGAUGACGAGAUGGACUGCGAGCUGACUCUAUCAUCCUUCUACCUCCAUGAUCAGAAGCCGACAGUGAGAGAAGAGAAUAGUGACUUGGGUUCGAGUAUAGACUUCGAUGCAACUGCUGCGGUUGCAGUUCCAAGUAGCACAAAUGGCGAUGGCUCCACCGACAACCUCAACUUGGAGCUGACCAUCUCAUCACCUGGUUCUGGCCAACUCAUUUCGUAGUUGGAUAAGGAUCGAAGCAAUGAAGACAUAGCUGAGUAGAGGUGAUAGAUCGAUUGGGUGCACUGAUGUCACAGCUUGUGCAGAGGAGCAAAGAGUAGUCAUUAGCAUACGAAGCUUGUUGAGUUUUGCACGGAUCUUCAUCUCAUCGUUGAGUUUCUUGAAACCAAGUCAGCGACGUGUGCGAGAGAGAGAGAGAGAGAGAGAGAGAGAGAGAGAGAGAGAGGUCGGAAUUGUGGUCUUUGCACAGUUUCGAGAAACUUCUAAGAUGCGGACACGAGAAAGAACUUACGUACUCGUGUGUUUAUAUAUACAUAUAUAUAUUUCUUUAUUGUCAGUACUGUUGUAUGCAAGCAUCCAAUCAUCGCUGCUUUUAGAUUCGUGAAAUUUAAGGAUCUCAAAGCAACCUGUUCACGGGUA